CAUCCUGUGAAAGAAGGCUACAUGUUUCAAAUGGUUCAUGACUUGAUAGUUUUCUUCGGCACAAAAACUCACCAAAUGUGAUUUAAAAAAAAUGAAUUACAUGCCGGGGACAGCCAGCCUCAUUGAGGACAUCGACAAAAAGCACCUGGUUCUGCUGAGAGAUGGGAGAACACUGAUCGGGAUCCUCAGGAGCAUAGAUCAGUUCGCCAACCUGGUUCUGCACCAAACGGUGGAACGGAUCCACGUGGGUAAAAAAUUCGGAGACAUCCCCCGAGGGAUCUUCGUGGUCCGAGGGGAAAAUGUGGUCCUGCUGGGAGAAGUAGAUCUGGAUAAAGACUGCGAUCAGAUCCUGCAGAGAGUCUCCAUCGAGGAGAUCCUGGAGGAGCAGCGGGUGGAGCAGCAGGCCAAGCAGGAGUCGGAGCGGCUGAAGCUGCAGGCGGUGAAGGAGCGAGGCUUGUCCAUGCCCAAAGCCGACACGCUCGACGACUUCUGAACGCGAUUCCGCCGUUUUCCGUUCCAGCGUCGUUCCGUUCCGGGCGAAGAGACGUCACGUUUAAACACAUUUGCUACACAAACGUGACCUUUUUUCUUUUCCUUUCUUUUUAAAGAGAUUUACAUCAUAAAAAUAAUGCGGUGACUGACUUUCUUUUCUUUUUCUUUUUUAAAGCAGUCGCUCUGAAUCGACUGGAGCCGUCCGCCAUCUUUAAUUUCCCUUUUACGGAAACGGAAAUAGAUGAUGGACAAAAAUAAAUAAAUAAAUAAAUAAACAAACAAGCGGAAGCACUUCGGCGUGCUGGGUUUUAGUUUCUGCGUAACAUAAAGGAUAAGAACGAAACGUUAACCUCUGUGUUUUGUUUGGUUGUUGUUGGGUUUGUUUUUGUAUGUUGUGUAAAAUCAACACUGUGUAACACUGAAGAGAUUUCGGUUCGAUUAAAACCUGUUUUGUACAGA